AUAAACUUCAUAGUCAAUUUAAUCCGUUUCCUUCCCUUCCAUGAUCUUCCCCCUCCAACUCCCACAAUUAAUUCACAUAAUAGCUAUUCACCUCUGGAGAAUCCGUCUAUCUCCAAUUCUCUAUAUAUAUGCAUAUACCAAUCUUUAGGAAUGCCAUCUCCACUUUUCAUAUCUAUUAAUUAGUUCUUGUAUAGUGAUCAAUUCAUCUGUGAUCACAGAAAGAAAGAAAGAAAGAAAGAGAGAUGAGGAAGGAGUGUCAUCCACUGUUGAGGGGAGGGAGAAAGGACAACAAAUUCAGACAGGGGUUUUCUUCAUCUGAGAUGGAAUCACUUGCUAGCAUAUGUGAGGUUAUUCUUCCUCCAUUGCCAAUGGAUGCUCUGAAGAUCAAAAAGCAUGAUGAUGUGUCUAUUGAGGAUGUGGAAUUCUUCUGGAACACUUCUGCUUCUCACUAUCCAAUCCCUCAUGAGGUUGCUGAGAUAUUAUCUAAGAGGAGCUUAAUAGAAGCAGUAAUACUGAUUAGAGUGGUUUUAUGGCUGCUAGCAACGAGGUUGGGCACAUUUUUGCUCUGUGGUUUGCUCUGUUUCAGUGAGAAAUGGCCCUUUAUCAACAACUUUUCAAGCAUGUCUUUGAAGAAAAGAGAAAGGGUUAUGCAGUGGUGGCUGAAGAAUAGGUUCAUCACACCUAUUAGACUUGCAUUUGCUUACCUCAAAGUCCUGUGCCUCUUUGCUUAUUUCACUUGGGUUGAUGAAAAUGGGGAUAACCCAGCAUGGAAAGCCAUUGGAUAUGAGGUGUCAGCUGAUGAGAAAUUGCCCAAUUCUUCUAAUGGGAGGCUCCUUGAAAAGGGGAUUGUGGAAACCAUGCAUGAAACUAACUCAACUCUUCAACAAUCACUUACUGAGAAAGGCCUGAAUGUCACACUGGACUCCAGAAACAACAUCCUCAAAGUCAAAUGUGAUGCAAUAGUUGUAGGGUCUGGUUGUGGUGGAGGUGUUGCAGCUUCUGUUCUUUCAGGGGCUGGACACAAGGUGGUUGUUCUAGAGAAAGGAAACUAUUUCGCCCCCCGCGAUUAUUCUUCUCUAGAAGGACCUUCCAUGGAUCAGUUAUAUGAAACUGGAGGGAUUUUAGCUUCUGUGGAUUCCAGAAUACUUCUAUUGGCAGGAUCAACAGUAGGUGGUGGCUCUGCUGUUAAUUGGUCAGCAUGCAUUAAAACACCUCACGAAGUGCUCAAAGAGUGGUCUGAAAACCACAACCUUUCCCUCUUUUCAACUUCAGAGUAUCUCUCAGCAAUGGAAACUGUGUGUGAGAGGAUUGGUGUCACUGAAAGUUGCACACAUGAGGGAUUCCAAAACCAAGUGUUGAGAAAAGGGUGUCAGAAUCUUGGCCUGAAAGUUGAUUAUGUGCCAAGAAACUCAUCAGGGAACCAUUUCUGUGGCUCAUGUGGUUAUGGUUGUCCCAAAGGAGAGAAACAAGGGACUCAAGAUACAUGGCUUGUAGAUGCAGUUGAGAAUGGUGCUGUGAUAAUCACAGGAUGCAAAGCUGAGAGGUUCUUGUUGGAAAAUAACAGGAAUGGAAGUGGCAGAAAGAAGAAAUGCUUGGGAGUUUUGGCAAAGGCUCUAAGUAGUAGAGUCACAAUGAAGCUUCAAAUUGAGGCUAAAGUAACAAUUUCUGCAGGUGGGGCACUUUUAACACCUCCAUUGAUGAUCUCUAGUGGGUUAAAGAACAAGAAUAUUGGCAAAAACCUUCAUCUGCACCCUGUGCUAAUGACAUGGGGGUAUUUCCCAGAAUCAACUUCAGAGCUAAAAGGAAAAAUCUUUGAAGGAGGUAUAAUCACAUCAGUGCAUAAGGUUCCAUCAAGAGACUCCAACUCAUAUUCAGACACAAGAGCCAUAAUUGAAACCCCUUCACUAGGACCAGGAUCAUUUGCUUCACUGUGUCCUUGGGAAUCAGGUCUUGACUUCAAAGAGAGAAUGCUGAAUUACCCUAGAACUGCUCAUUUGAUCACUAUAAUCAGAGACAAGGCUUGUGGACAAGUCACAACUGAGGGGAGGGUCAGCUACAAAUUAAGUGCUUUUGACAAAGAGAACAUGAAAUGUGGGUUGCAGCAAGCACUGAGGAUUCUGAAAGCUGCAGGAGCAGUUGAAGUUGGCACACACAGAAGUGAUGGUCAGAGAGUUAAGUGUGGUGAGGUUAGUGAAAAUGAAAUGGCAGAGUUCAUAGAUAGUGUAUGUCCAAUGGAGGGGGCACUUUCACCAGGUGAGAAUUGGAACAUUUACACCUCUGCUCAUCAAAUGGGGAGCUGCAGAAUGGGAAUGAAUGAAAAAGAAGGUGCUGUUGAUGAGAAUGGAGAGAGUUGGGAGGCACAAGGGUUGUUUGUUUGUGAUGCAAGUUUGCUUCCAACUGCUGUUGGAGUUAAUCCCAUGAUCACAAUCCAAUCCACUGCUUACUGUAUCUCAAAUAGAGUGGUAGAUUAUCUUAAAAGGGAUCAAAUCUGAAAUUGGUUAUUCUCUUCAGUUUCUUUCCGAAACUUUUUUAUUGAUGGGUUGAAAUUCAUGUAAUGUCCACUAAAAAUAUGAGUUCUACAUCCAAUUUAGUGGGACUAAUGAAAUUCAACCAAUCAAUGAAUGACCGUUGAAAAAAAAUGUGUUAAAUUGAGUGUUAUCAGCAUCCCUCUUCGUAUAAUAAUGCAACUGAAGGUAAUUUAAUCAUGGAUGAUUAAUUAUCAAAAUAUUGUAUUAUGUUAAGAAUUUAUAAUUUUAUGUAUCUAAUGGAUCUUUAAUUUUCAAGCA